AAUAGAAGUUUAAUUACCUUAGUUUUGGAGGUUCAAGAGCAUGGCUAGGGCCCCUGGGCUGCAUCACAACAUGGCAGAUGGCAUCAUGGAGAGAACAUGUGUGCGUGUGUGUGGAGAGAGAGAGAGAGAGAGAGAGACAGAGAGAGAGAGGGAGGGAGGGAUUGAUUACAGGGCAAGGCAGGAUGCAGAAGGGCUUUAGGACUGGCUCAUUCUUUUUUUUUUUUUUUGUCUCGGUACUGGGGAUCGAACUCAGGACCUUGUGCUUGCCAGGCAGGUGCAGCGCCACUGAGCUACAUCCCAGCCCUGGCUCGUUUUUAUCACAGCCCACUCUCAGGGAAGGAAUUCACUCCGAGAGAAGCACACACAUCACCUGAGCAACCUGAUCACCUCCCACCUCCUGCGGCCUUGCUCUGACCACACUGGGGACUCCUUCAGCCAAAUCAAACCACAGCAGAACCUAAAGCAGACAAAUAAUGACCGGGUCCCCACGUCCCCAUCAAUCCAAGAAGCAGCGAUUGAGUCGUGGCUGUCCGACAGGAGGGUUUAAAUGUCCCCCCGCUGCUGCUGGGGAACAGCUGCUCUCUCCCUGUUUCUUGUAUUCUGUGCACGCUUCUGACCACAUGUGGUAGGCAGAACGGUCCCCCACCCAACACCCCAAAGAUGUCCGUGACCUCAUCCUGGAAUCUGUGCACACGUUAGAUUGCAUGGCAAAGGAAAAUAAGGAAUUAAGGUUGUUAGUCAGUUGUUCUUCAAAUAAGGGAUUAUCCUGGAUUAUCUGGGUGGAUCUAACAUAAUCACAGGGUUUUUAAAUUAGGGCAUGAGAGGCAGCAGAGGAAGUCAUAAGGCAUGGUAUGGAAAGACUUGUUUGGGGCUUGGAAGGGAAAGCAAGGGAACCACGAGCCACGGAACAGGGUGGCUGGAGAGGCUGGAGGGGUGGGGUGGGUUCUGCCCAGGAGCCUCCAGAAUGCGAGGCAGCCGGCUGACACCGAGCUCUCCAUCCACAGAGCCCCGUGCUGGACUUUGGAGCAACGAACUUGUGCUGCUGUAUCCCAAUAAGUUUGUGGUACUUUGUUAGAACAGGAACAGGAACAGGAAACUAAUCUGACAUCAUCUCAGAAGAAUGGGACUGGGCUUGUUUCCCUCAGAACAGAUGGUAGGAGCAGCCCCUCAGAGGGGGCUGCGUAUACCCCAGAUCCUCCUGUGGACUGGGAUCAAAGAGAAGGCGCUAUCGGGAUGAUGUGAGAGGGGCUGAGAGUCAGAGAGAGAGAGGGGAUCACGGGUCUUUUAACUGCUGAGAGAAGCAAUGAAGACAUCGGGGACCUGAAGGCAAAGUCUCUGUGGGCUUUGGGUAGGGACCAGGGAGGGGCAGGGCUGGCAGCCCAGGACCAGCCACAGACCAGGACACCUGGGACAAGAAGGGGCAGGAGCUCAAGGGAAGGCCAGGUGGGGAGACGCCCAGCGUCCUCGGGGACAUUCAAGUGACACCUGUUGCCACAGACCAUGUCGAGAAUCAGGGUGGAACAUGGGGUGGCAUUGUCUGCACGGCCGCGGCCUGGCCUGUUCCUGUGGCCCCCGCCCCGCUGAUGGGAUAAAGGGGCCACGGGCUUGGGGCUGAGGGAGGAGCUGGAGCUGAGCAGGAUGCAGGGCCGAGUGGCAGCGCGCCGGGCCCUUCUGGGUCUGCUCCUGGUCUGUCUGCAUCUCCCAGGCCUCCUUGCCCGGAGCCUCCGAGCAACAGAGGAAAAGGGGUCCCCGCACCCGGUCUGGGGCACCGACCUGCCUGUGCCGGGACAGCCGCCCUUCACCGGCCGCGCCAACGCUGGGCGUCCUCAGCCCAGUGUGGACCCCGGGCCUGAUGAUGUCGUGGGGCGUCCUUCCAAGUUCAGCGCUCCUCCAGGUGGCCCCCCAGCUGCAGGACGUGCAGGGAGGCAGAUGUGGCCUCCGUCCUGGGGGCUGCCCCCCGCCGAGUCCUGGCACCCCGAGGCCCCUUGGCCGAUGGUGGCCAGGGCAGCUGAGGAGCAUCUGGAGCAGGCGCUGCCGGAGGAGCUGGCCUACCUUUCCAGUGCCGGUGCCCCCGCUCUGUACAGUGGGUCUUUGCUGGCUGCACUCUCUGGAAAAGCUGCACAACCCUCACCAGAAGCUUUGCCCGACCCCCAGGGCUUGGAAGCCAGAUGGCUGACCCUGGUCAGCCAGCUGGGGGCCCAGGGAGAGCUCCUCGCCCAGCGCCCAUUCUGGUCUCUUAUCUAUCGGCUGCUGCCUGGUCUCCCCUGGGGGGCCCUGAACCCCAGUGUGCCUUGGGGAGGUGGAGCUCUCGGGACUGGGUGGGGAACGAGACCCAUGCCCUAUCCUUGGGGUAGCCAUAAUCGAUUCCCAGGUAACAGCUGGGGUAAUAUCAACCGGUACCCAGGAAACAGCUGGGGGGAUAGCAACCGGUACCCAGGAAACAGCUGGGGGGAUAACAGUCGCGAUCCGGGUGCUAGCUGGGGGAAUAUUCCUCCCAGGGGCGUCAGUCCUCCUGGCCCUUCUUGGUAGAUCCCAGCUGGCUUCCCAAGUCCUCAAUACCUUGGCUUGCAGCGGAGUUGGAGCUGAGCACAGGGUGGGGAGACAGAAAGGGAAGCUGCCCCGCCCCGCCCGGGGGUGGGACCGGUCUCAACCCGCGUUUUCCAGCCCUGUGCCGGCGCGCACCGCCCCCUGGCUGCCUGGUGCUGAUCUCCAAUAAAACACGCAGUUCUCGGA